AUGCCACAGGUCACUGAGAACAUCUCCAGCGUGCACGGCACCGGUAACGCUGUGCCUCAGGUGCGGAGCCCAUGCCACUCCGUAUCCUCUGCCAUCCCGGUCACUAACGGUCUCCUGUCAGCUGGUCUAACAAACUCGCCCUGCUCGGAAUACCCGUUGAGUGAGUCGAGUGGCGGAGUUGUGGUGCGGCCGCAGAUCUCCGGUAACGUGGAUGACUUUCAGAACUUUCUCGAUGAGCCAAGCAACUGGGAGUGGGCGGUGAAUACCUUAUCCGUCGAGCCGGGCCACAGCGAUCGCAACAUCUUUGUCUCGAAGUUGCCGCCUACCUUCAAGGAUGUGGAUCUGCAGGAGAUGUUUCAGAACUUUGGCCGCGUAGUAUCAGCCAAGGUGAUGCUGAACGUGAAGACUGGUACCUCCAAGGAGACUGGAUUCGUGCAGUUCACCUGCUACAAGGACGCGCUGCGUGCCCGCGCUUUCUUUCGCCUCCGCCUGGCCUCGUUGCCCACUACGCCAGGGAUGCCAGCAGUGGUGACGCAGUGGGCGCAGAACAAGCACGACGGCGGCCUCUAUGGUGAGAGAUGCCAGCAGGUGCAUAAACUAUUUAUCCGCAACGUGCCGUCGAGCAUCACGCAAGCGGACAUGAAGGCGUUUGUAAGCCGAUUCGGAACAGUGAGCGUCGUCUCGGUGCACAACGACACGUAUGACACCUUGCCGGCCUUCCCCACUGAGCAAGAGCAGUGCCUGAAGUUUUCUUCUCCUUCCGAGGGUACCGAAGGUGAGGAGGCCGUGCGUUCGAGCCCUGAGCCUAGCAAGCACGAGACGAUCAUCUGUUUUGUCACCUUCGUGGAGGACGGUGCAGCGAUGCGAGCAUGCUGCCAGAUCCACAACACAACACCGUUUGACUCCUGCAACGGGGUGCCGCUAAUGGCCAAGCUGGCGGAGGAUAACAGCGCUCGUCACGCCCGGCGCUACCAUAGCGCAGCGGCCGCGUAUGCGGCGCCCGCCUCGCGAGGCACGUGCACAGACGGGUGGCAUGGCUGCAGCGCCUACAGCAGCGCGGCACCAACGCCUCUUGCCUGCGCAGGCGGCUAUCACUGCCGCGAUGAUCACUCUCAGGUGCCAGCAUCACAGCAUCCGCUGCAGAAGUGCAAUGCCGCCUCCAACUACGCCAGGCAGCCGUCCUCGACGCCAGUGCUGUCAGCUGGCUGUUUGGGCACCGAUUUGUCGCGUCUGUACGGCAGCCAGUCAGCAACGCCGCCAUCCUCCCCGCAGAGUGCACAGUGCACCAGCUUCAACAUUCUCGCUCCGCGCCGGGCUUUUCCGCAGCGCAGCGUCGCCAUGUCCACGACAGGGGCUGUGCCGCCCGAAACGGUCAUCACUCCGCCUUCGCCUUCCCUCCUCUUUUCGACCAUGUCGCCCUCUACUCAACAGGAGGCCCACGCAACUCGCCCUCGCCGCGUGUUGCUGCCACCGGCGCUUUCUGUAGAAGCGACCACGAGCGAUGCGAUGCGCAUGACGAUCUCGACCACCACGCCGCUUGCUUCGAACCCGCCCCACUACGCCGCUGCCGGCUUCACACACACCUCGAUCUGCAGCGUUGUGGAUUCCCCUAUGCAGGCGCGUCACCACCGCCAAAGUACCGCUUCUGCGUCCUCGAUGGGUAACUACAGGAGCAUUUCCUACACCCCUGUGCACACUCCGCACGUCGAGGAGCAACCACAGGAGCUCUAUGAACAGCAGCAGUGCCAGCAGCAGGCGCUGCUCAUGGGCUAUGAUGCCGGUAACGAUACCUACCACCCGGGCGAUGACUUCUAUCAGGAGUACUACUACAGCGGUGAAAUAGGCCCGACGGAGUCGAACUUACACCCCCUCUCGCCUUCGGCGUCGUCAGAGCUGCUCUACCAGUACGGCAACGCAGCUGGCAGCGUCGAGUGUAAUGCCUACCGGACUGGCAACGGCCACUGCAGUGUGGCACCACUCUGGCAGCGACGCAUGGAGCGCCAGAGAGCGACAGCUGCGUAUGCCGAUCCUAUGACAACCUCUGCCGGGCUACCGCAUCUCCUACCCUGUGUCGCUUACGGUGAUCAGCAGCCAUAUGCGGGCGCCGAUGGCUCGCCAUCUGUGGGCGCGUGCAUGCAGGCCGAGAGCUGGGAGACUAACCCGUCACCACGGGCGAAGUCUGCAGUGGCCUUCCCGCACGCGCUGUACCCCCAAGCUAUGGUUCUGAACAGCGGCAGCCAGGCCACCACGCCGAGCAACGGUGGAUCGGGGUCGGUACGGUACCGCAAUAACCCGUACAGCAUGCGCGUCGUUCAAACUAUCGCGCAGUAUUCAUCCCCGUGCGUGGAGAGCUGA